AUGAAUUUGGAAUUUCAGUCUCAAUGUGGAGUUGACACUAACGCAAAAUUAGAAUUCCCUUGGAUGGUUACACUUUUUAACGCAAAUUCAUUAAAUGGGAGACCGUUUUGUGGAGGUUCUUUACUUUCAGCAAUUGUUGUUUUAACUGCAGCACAUUGCAUCCAAAAUUUGAAACCGGAAGAUAUUGUAAUAAGGGCGGGACAACAAAGGGAUUUUAAUUCGUCAAAAGAGGAAAACUAUCAAGAGAGAAAUGUUGCUGAAAUUAUCAUUUACGAGCAUUUUCUCAAAGAAAAUUUUUAUAACGAUCUAGCGCUUUUAAUUCUUAACAAAUCGUUAAUUAAAAGUAAUAAUAUUGAGACUGUUUGUGUUCCAACAAAUAUGGACAACAUUAAUUUCAAUAACUGUUUGGUAACUACCUGGGGUAUGCAAAAAAAUGGUAAUUAUUCAACUGUUUUUAAAGAAAAACACAUAUCUGUAUUCACAAAUACAGACUGUCAGAAUAUUUUGAAAACAGAUCUAGGUGAUGAAAUUAUUUUACACAACUCUUUCUUUUGCACUGUAGAAAAUUUCAGAAAUAACAGCAUUUGUUCGGGCGAUGGUGGUAGUCCUUUAGUAUGUCCCGAUAAUUUCCAUCGUUAUUUUCAAGUUGGUAUUGUUUCUUGGAGCCCAUAUAAUUGCGAAGAUGAACUUAAAACUAAAGACUCUAUUGUUUACACUAAUCUUACACAAUUUAGCAAUUGGAUAGAUGCGAGAUUAAUUGAGCUUGGAUACGGAGCAAUCUCUUCUUGAGUAAAAAAGUUGUUUAUUAAACAAAAUUAUUAACAUAAUUAUAAGUUAUAACCACUGGUAUUGAGAUUUCUCCUGUUUAUUUCGUUAUCAAUCCAGUUUCGUAAAAAUGCAACAUCCGCGUAAGCUCCUGGUAUACCCUUGGUGGCACAUCCAAGUCCCCACGAGACGAUUCCUACUUGUUGAAAUCGAUCUUCACCUUCUAUUCGGCAAACUAAGGGACCUCCACCGUCCCCACUACAAGCAUCUUCGCCUUCUUCACCCCCAGCACACAUAAAACUUGGAUGUAGAUGAAAUCUUGUCUUUAACCUUGUUUUUCUAAAUCUGUUUUGACACUCAACUUUAGGAAUUGGUGAUAAUUGAAUUUUUUUCAAAAUAUGUUCUGUUUCGUUUUUAUCGAAUUCCUUCUGACCCCAACCGGU